AUGGCACACUACUUCCCUACUGUAUCAGACAGACUGGAGCUGGACAGUCAGACUGGAUCUCUGACCAUCACAAACAUAAUGACCUCAGAUGCUGGACUUUAUAAACUGAAGAUUUUCAACAGCCCCAGCAGUGAAAAGAUCUUCAAUGUUACUGUUCAUGAUUUUGAAAAGAAGACAGUGCCAGUGAGGGAGAGAGAAACAGUUACUUUAUGUACUGGUGUAGUACAAAACCCAGAUGAUUUGACAUGGUAUUUCAAUGACACUCUCAUCGCUGAAAUCAAUGGACUUCCCAAUAAGAUCUGUGCAGAUGUUGAGUGUAAAGAUAGGGAUGUGAGAUUCAGAGACAGACUGACACUGAACAAUCAGACUGGAGCUCUGACCAUCACAAACAUCAGAACCAUAGACUCUGGAGUUUAUCAACUAAAGAUCAACAGCAGCAGAUUCAGCAUCAUAAAGAGCUUCAGUGUUACUGUCUUUGGUUUUCUUGGUGUUAGUACAGACAAAGUAUCAGUGUCAGUGAUGGAGGGAGAUUCAGUCACUCUACACACUGCUGUUAAAGAAAAUCAGCAAGGCAGAAUUAAAUGGUAUUUUAAUGACAUUCGCAUCGCUCAAAUCACUGGAGACCUCAGUUUUAUCUGUGUAGAUAUUCAGUGUAAUGAAGGUACUGAGAGAUUCAGAGACAGACUGAAGCUGGAUCAUCAGUCUGGAUCUCUGACCAUCAUGAACACUAGAACCACAGACUCUGGAGUUUAUCAACUAGAGAUUUUCAGCAACAGCAGCAGCAGUGGAAACAUCUUCAAUGUUACUUUACAUGGUGUGUCUGCUGUAGAGACAAAUGAAGUGAAGAUGAACUCAGUGAAGCAAGGAAAAUUUAUUGUGUUAGAUACUGGUGUCCAUGGCGGCUAUGGUGGUAAUGAGAGUCAUCUGUGGGUGAUCCUGGCAUAUGUCGGGAAGAAAGAAAGGGGCUUUCUUCUCGAUGUUCCGGUGUUGCCUUCUGAACUUUUCGAGACCUCCUUCGAGACGGUGGUUGAGAAGUUCAGGGAGGCGAAGGCGCGCUCAGCGGCCUUCAAAUCCUUCGUUCCACGAAGGCCCAGGUCUGAGCCCGAACAAACCCAGGGGUCCUGGCCCGUCUCGAUCUGA